AUGAGCAAAAUGUCAGGGGAGGAAGAGUUUUAUCUGUUCAAGAACAUCUCCUCCGUGGGACCGUGGGAUGGGCCUCAGUACCACAUUGCCCCGGUCUGGGCCUUCCAACUCCAGGCAGCCUUCAUGGGCUUUGUCUUCUUUGCAGGGACACCACUCAAUGCCACGGUGCUGGUGGCCACACUGCGCUACAAGAAGCUGAGACAGCCCCUCAACUAUAUUUUGGUCAAUGUGUCCCUGGGGGGCUUCCUCUUCUGCAUCUUCUCUGUCUUCACUGUCUUCAUUGCCAGUUGCCAGGGAUACUUCGUCUUCGGCCGCCAUGUUUGUGCUUUGGAGGCCUUCCUGGGCUCUACAGCAGGUCUGGUAACAGGCUGGUCACUGGCCUUCCUGGCCUUUGAGCGCUACAUUGUCGUCUGUAAGCCCUUCGGCAGCUUUCGCUUCAGCUCCAAGCACGCACUGAUAGUGGUUCUGGCCACCUGGACCAUUGGUAUUGGCGUCUCCAUCCCACCCUUCUUUGGCUGGAGCCGGUUCAUCCCCGAGGGCCUGCAAUGUUCCUGUGGCCCCGACUGGUACACCGUGGGCACCAAAUAUCGCAGCGAGUACUAUACCUGGUUCCUCUUCAUCUUCUGCUUCAUUGUGCCUCUCUCCCUCAUCUGCUUCUCCUACUCUCAGUUGCUGGGGGCCCUUAGAGCUGUUGCUGCCCAGCAGCAGGAGUCGGCCUCGACCCAGAAGGCUGAGCGGGAGGUGAGCCGCAUGGUGGUGGUGAUGGUGGGGUCCUUUUGUCUCUGUUAUGUGCCCUAUGCUGCCCUGGCCAUGUAUAUGGUCAACAACCGUAACCACGGGCUAGACUUACGGCUUGUCACCAUUCCUGCCUUCUUCUCCAAGAGCGCAUGUGUCUACAAUCCCAUCAUCUACUGCUUCAUGAAUAAGCAGUUCCGGGCUUGCAUGAUGGAGAUGGUGUGUGGGAAGUCCAUAACAGAUGAGUCUGACAUGUCCAGCUCCCAGAAAACGGAAGUUUCUACUCUCUCUUCUAGCCAAGUGGGCCCCAGCUAAGGCGCCAUAUUGGACUAUUUGCAGCAAUUAGGAUUUCACAUUUAAGGAAAUUUCUACUUUCUCUGCUAAAAACCAAACUACUAACCAUGCAGAAAACAGAUGGGAAGGGCGUGAUGACCAUUUUGGGCGAUCAAUUUCCCGUUUUCCUGUUAUUCCCUUCUUCCCUACAAAGCUACCGUUCCAGCUGGGUCCAUCUCGGAACACAUCAAGCCCUUUGCAGCAACCAUGUUUCUACUAAGUGGCAAGAUUCACAGCACUUGCAGACUCAUCUCUACAGACAAGGCAUCUAUAAAGGAGUGUGGUUGGGUUCUCAGUGUAUGGGUAACAAUUACCUCCCUUUUUAGUAACAUUUUCUCCCUUCUGCAAUGAUAUAUUCUGAGAAAACACCUUAGAAAUGGGAGAGACUUAAAGAAAAAACAAAUAAAACCUUCAGUAGGCCCCAAAUGUGAGUCUGAACGAAUUUCUUUACGCUGUAUCGUAUAUGCCCAUCGUCAGUAUAGCUCUGGCAGCAACAGCCAGGCCCAUGGGCUCGAGCCAGCAUGGCUCACUCCAGGUGUUUCCCUUCCCUCUCUCCGCCUAUUUGGCUAAACCUAUAUAUCUAUCUUAAGAGGUGUAUUUUACCAAAGUUAACAGUUUAAUUCACUUUAUGUCCUCAAAAUAAAAUUGCACAUCUUGGUAUCAUUUAUAAACCACACCAAAAUGUUCAAAAAACUGUUUUACCUUAUAUUUCAUAUUUCCUUUUUGAAAA